AUGGGUAAGAGAAAGUCGUCGGCCAAACCGCAAAAGAAGAUCAAACAGACGUUGGACGUCACGUUCACUUGUUUAUUCUGUAAUCAUGAAAAGUCGGUGAUAUGUACAUUAGAUAAGAAGAACUCUUUGGGAGAGUUGCAUUGCAAGAUCUGUGGACAGAGUUUCCAGACCGCUAUACAUUCGUUAUCGCAGCCAGUAGAUAUAUACUCUGAUUGGAUUGAUGCCUGUGAGGACUUGGCUGAAGAAGCCGAGAAGAACGGCGGAGGAGAAGAAAAGGAAGAGUACAGCGACGACGAAUAUGAGACCAAUAGAUCCAGACCCGUUGACUCGGGCGAUGACGAGUAUUAG